AUGUUGUCGCAUCAAGUGGCAGCAUGUGUCAUGGACAGUGGUUAUGAUUCACAUGGACUCCGCUGGCAACGACGGGCUCUCCAGUGGCUUCCCGGCAACCUUCCACCUCCUGAUCGUCAAGCGGCGCGCAUCGAGAUCGAGCCAAGAUCCAACAGAACAUCUCAUACAACAACCGUGGCAAAACCCUUGUGGUACAACAGCCUGAAGUCGGUGGGUGGUGUUGUAGCAGAGGGGCUGGCGAAGGAGUGCGUGUUCGGGAAGAAUUCAACCGACGGAGGCGGAACGAAAGGGAUCCCAGGUAUGAUAAAGCCGCGAUGGGAGCUGGGUGCGCUACUCACCGUUGCUUGCUUCAGCAGCGCGCAGCAGGGUACUACUUCAUCCGAUUGCAGCGACUCCUGGAUUAGUGAUGGAAUGUGCGACUCAUCGAACAACAACUCCAACUGCGACUAUGAUGGCGGCGACUGCUGCUCAUGCGACUGCUUCGACGACACCUACGAGUGCGGUUCUGUCACUGCCUUCACCUGCAUCGAUCCUUCAUCGUCCUGUACCUAUCACCAUUACUACGACGACGACGGAGAAGAAUGGGCCGCCUUUACCCCUAGUCCUUUCUACACCGUCACCUUAAGCCCAACGGCCUACCCCCAGUACCACUUUGAUGACGACUCCUACGACAGCCCGACCUACUAUGACGGCUUCCUCGAUGACGACGACACCGACUUCACUCCGAGUCCUGCCGUCUACGUUCAUUCCUCUGACACGGAUCACGACGGUGACUCCUUUGACAGUCCAACCUACUCUGACGGCUUCCUCAAUGACGACGACGAAGACGAAGCCGACAACGACAAGGCCACCUCUGAUGAUGGCGAUGAUGAAGCUCCAGUGGGCGCUAUCGUCGGUGGAGCAGUCGGGGGAACGGCUUUUUUGGCGGCUGCCGCCGUAUUGGGGUACUUGUUCUUCACGGGUCGCCUGAAGUGCUCCAAGUGCAGCAGCUCCUCAGACCCUCCAGCAGCUCCUACCCCUGCUGGUGACGGUUCUACCCGAGCGGCGACCAAGGCAUACCCUGCGCCUGUGGCUGCUGGUGGUGGUGUUCCUGGUGGUCCGCAUACUGAUCUUCCUCCUCCUCCUCCUGCCGUUUUAGCCCCUGCUGGUGACCGCUCAGCCCAAUCGGCGACUGCGACAUUUCCUGAGCCCAUGGCCUCUGCUGCUACUGCUCCUGCCGCUCCCGCUAGUGAUCUUCCUCCUCCUCCUGCAUAUGGUAGUUAUGAUCACGACGCGACGACUACUGCGGCCCCUCCGCCACCUUAUGGUCAUCCGGUCAACCAGUAUCCCCAACCAAAAUGAAUUUCGCCCGGGUUUCUCUACGGGAUUACACCAAAGAUGUCCUUUCAUUUGGCUUGGCAGGCCGCUGACAGCAGGGGGAGGGGUGGAUUGACAACGGAGCGGGUCGCUAGUGGGCAGGCUCUGGUUGGCCAGCAGAGGUAUUCCAUACUCUCUGGGGUGUAUGUAUGUUUGAAGUGUGUCGUCUACGACGGGUGUGGAAACUGCAAAUACAGUUUUUGGAUCCUGGUCGGAUACACAAUGUAAGUAGACUGAGCACCUUUUGGCCUACCUGUCAGCCUGUGUCCUACAUGGUAAUCGUUCCGGCUUUCCGGGCCGAGCAAGUCAGUUUUAUGUCAAUGUUGCCCUGUUCUUGUGAUAUUUUUCCUUUCGUGUUCGCCUCCUUUUCACGAGGAGUUAGGGUCGUGGCGCCGAGCAUACAUACAUGCGUGGGUCGAAGUGCUCCCAUCUUUGGUCAAAACCCGAUCUUCGGUCCGCGCUCUUGUGGUGUUUUCAGAAACCGUUUUUUUCUCCCUUCACCAGGCACGGGCUAAGUGCAGUUCUUGGCUCAUAGGUGCAAUAUUUUCCAGGUUUGUUUAUUGUCCUGUGUUUUAUUUUUCUCGGUCGCGGCGCGUGUGCACUUGUUGCACAUCAAGACCCAUGGUUAGUUUCACGAGAAAAGAGAGGUACGUCUGCUGAGACUGGAUAAUCUACACAAAGAGACAGCCCAUGAUGUGUUCACAAUUAUCUCCUGGACUGCGAUCGACGUGCACAGUUGAAUCUGCAUCGUGUCUUCAAAGGUAUCGAACUGAGUGUCCAGGGCGUUCUCUGUACACACCCGGCUUUUGCGUUUCCGCUGUCUGUGUAGUGCAUCUAGAGCCUUUUUUUUGCGUACGCCCUGAGAGUGUCAGACAUUCUAUUGUGAGUCCCUGCCCUACCCGUGGAGAGACAGGGCUUGGAGAAGGGAGCGGUCACCCAAGAAUAGGGUCGGUUACCCCGUAGAAGACCACCCUGUGUACUGUAUUUGGAAGCAUUCCGUCGACAUUUCAAGUAACAUCGACCAUGGACUACAGCAUAGUCUACCCAUACAAGUACGGUAUGACUUAAGAAUCUAUCGGCGUCUGUAUCCAGCUGGAAAAGGAGGAACUCUUCUUCUUAGACGACUUGCCAGUACACCCCUACAUGUAGUCUAUUUCAUAUUCUGCAGUUCUGAGUUUCGCCGUUCUUGAGCAGAACUGCGAACGUGCCAAUUAUGGCGUCUUUCGAGUGGCGUGAAGUUUUUUGCAUUUCUCACUCAUGCCUCCAGAGCUUCGCCCAGAAGAACGAAGAGCAAGUGGGUGCCCAACAGAACUGGUCCACCGAACGACGUCAAAUGAAUUGCAGCCUGCGAGAAUGUUUAUCGCUCAGUAUUUCCAACGAAACACUUACGAAGAGGACAACAGUAUCACAUCCUUCCACAGCAUGAGUGAAUACAUCGCUUCAAUUCGAGCCUAUCCAGCUCCACGGGACCUCGUGACAUGACGCCGACGCCGCUCGCUGUCUCCUUUGCUCCGAUCAAGUACCAGUAGAGACGAGAGAGAACCGCCGGUGCACGUCGAGCACCCUAGGAUGUCGAAGAAGAAAGUGACUCGAUUGAAAUCGUCUUCACCAACGUACUAUGCAACAAUGAGCACGCGCAAUUCCCACCGCGACGCGGACAGACUAAGGGUUCCACGGAAUAUUACGACAGAAACCUUCCGGAAGUAUUCCGGGUUCAGCAAAAUAUCCAAAGAACACCAGAAGAUACCUACGCGUCCGAUCAAGGGUAUAACAAGUGUCGUUUCAUCCUUGAAUUUGAAUAUAAAAUGUUGGACUUGGUGCGCAUAUGCAUAUGCAUACCUGGAAUGCAAUGAGAAGUCCGCUCGCAGAUAGUAGAAAUAAACUUGGUUAGAGAUACCAUGUUAAGGAACGGACACUGGGUUACGCACUGCAGUGAUGGCGCGACCGUUUGUACGCGUGAAGUGUACAUCGAAAAUUCAGAAUUAGCUGCAGCGGAAUAGGCCUUGCUACAUACAGCUACGAGAGCUUACGCUGAUCAGCCUCCUUUUUACGACAGCGACAACGAUCACCCGUGUCAUCUCCGUGAAGACUACCCUUGUUUGCGACAGCAGCCACAAAUCAACGUAGCGGUUUCGUCGUGCAAGUCUGGCGUCAGUCAGACCGGACAUGGCUGGCUGCGUGCCGGCGGUCUCAGGUAUGUUAGCAAGCAGAAGACCAUCGCAAUCGCAAGACGUGCGCCACGGGCGCCGGGACAAACAAUCAAGGACUUAACAGCAUACACAGCAGGGGUGAUGCGCACCGACGAGGACACCUACGGUUUCCCUCCUGCAGCGAUUUGGGAGCGCCGACAACAUGCCUCACGAACGAUAGCAACAUACGGAAUUAAAUCUAGACUAUAGAAAGUCUGCAGCGGUCCGAACCCCGAAUGGACCUCAGCCUCGAUCCUUGCUGAGGGUAAGAACUCGUCGUGAUUUUCGUUCGGUGAACAGAGAAUCAUUACUUCCAUCGGAACGUCUCGCUUUCGACUAAGCAGAAACCCCCAGCAGCUCAUAUACACAUUCUUAGCACGGGAUGCACGCACAUGAUUCCGAAAAAGAAUCGGUUCGAGACCACUCGAGUGUCCCAU